CCGGAACCUGUUAGCUGUGACAGUCCAUUGACCGUCCUUAACUGUGUCAUGUGAUUUCAAGGAAAUCUGCCUCAACUUUUUCAAAACCACAAUAAUGCAGCAUAUCAUUACAGGAAGAGCUAACAGCAAGCAGAAAUCUCAACUGUGUCUUUAGACAGUUGGGAUUGCUAGCUGAGCGCAGACUAGUGGUGACAGAUUAUUAUUACACUCAGCAUACUGGAAAGCAGUCUGUCCAAAGCUAUAAACUGAGACCCAGACAUUCACUGAAUCAAACCAAAGAGCACCAGAUGGAGGGAGAAUCAAACUCAGUAGAAAAGCUAUUGUGUCGACUUGGCCUUGAGAACAAAUAUGAAGACAAACUUACCAGCACACACUUUCUUGAAAUAUCCAAAUCCACUUUACUUUACAAGGAGCCCAGUAGAGAGAAUGAACUGGUAAAUGUUUUCAUGCAACGGCUUUUGACAGGAGAUUACAGAGCGAGACACAUCUCUGUCAAAAAUGAAACCCAAAUACCAAACUCUCAGACUAGAGCUAAUGAAGAUGCCUUUGCUGCUCUUUUAAAAAAGCCUAAUUUAAACAGUGAAAGAAAACAGGACCAGAUUCACCCAAUGGAUGUACAGAUAGCGGUGUUCCUUUGUGCAGAUGAUUUUCUUCGACAAAUCAUGGUGACUAAACUGGCACAGUGUCAGUAUGCGAUCCCCCUGCUGGUACCCAAUCCCUUUAGUGGGAAAAUUGAAUUUCCUCUCUGGACAAUGCGUCAAAUCAACAAGAGCUGGAACUUGACUGAUGAUUCAGGAACAAUCAUCAGCAAGACCCUUCCUGUUUACAAAGCAGAAACUCCAAUGGUGGCAUUCUUCAGGCUUGGAUCUGAUUCCUCAUCCAAGUCCCAACUGAUCAACAACCUGAUUAAUGAGAAGCACAACACAUUUUUCCACAGAAACUGUGCAGGCAGCAGCAGAAACCGUCUACUGAUGGAUGGAGUGGUGGAGAUUGCUUGGUACUGUCCAUCUGGGAACAGCUCUGAUUAUUUCACUGAAUAUGUUGCAUUCUGUAAUCUUCAUGGUGAUUCCAGCACAGCUGGAACUCAGAGAGAGAUACUUACUACCAUGGCCUCUGUAAAUGUUUUACUUCUGCCUAAGAUUGAUGAGAAUGAUAAUAAUAUGAGAAUUGUAGAGGAGUUUUGUAAGUCUCAAACUCCUCUCCUUGUUGUACUUACUGAUGAAGGGAAUGAUAAUGAAGAUGCUGUGUGUGAGAUUGGAAAAAGAAAAUACAGAGUGGGACUAAAAGGUAGAAGUCUGCCUAAAGUGUCUGCUGUACUCAGAGAUUUGAUCAAGAACUGUCUCUCAGAAAAAGACAUGACUUUCAGCCUUGAGAAAAUGACAGAAAACACAAAGGUCAGUGUGGAUGAACACAAUGAGGCCUGUCAGAGAGGGAAGGAAGCUGCUCAAAAUACUAAAAAAUUUCUAGAUGGAAAAGAUCCACUGACAGUAAAAGAGAAAUACCUGCCCUGCCAGGGAAAACUGUGGCAUGACUGGUGCCAAAAGAGAAAACACUUACGGCAGCUUCAAAGUAACAACAUAGAAAUAGAGCUCAGCAAAAAACAAACUGAAAUGAAGGAAAUAAGACUGAAACAGCAGAAACAUGGCUUCAGUGAGCUCAUGGGGUUAUUUGUUGGAUGUUUAAACUCUCUGUCAAUCAGUGAGAGAAAGUAUUUCCUCAGUUGGACUGGAAAUUACCUGGAUGAGUUCACUUCAGAGAAACUCUCUGCCAUCCAAAAAGAAUAUCACCAAAGAUGGACAAAUGUGUUGGCCUUGAAAAAAAACCACGACAGAGCUGAAGGACAAACAAAUCUUAGCAAAUUGAAGACUGAGCAAUCAAACUUAGAAAAAAUAUCAACAGAACUGAAUGCUGUCAGCUUUGGCCUGGAGCACAUGAUGAGAGAGAUUGGCCAGAUUUAUGAAGCCUCAGUCUCUGAGGAGAAGAGCAAUACAGGGAGAGAAGAUGGAAGCUGGUCUUACCUGCCUGAACUUGUAGCUGAACUCAUGAUAUCUGGGCACCCGAUGGAGCUGAUGGAUGGUGAUACAGCUUAUGUUCCUCUAACUUGGGUUUCAGCUGUUUUGGAUAAAGUCAUCAGGAAACUGGGAGACCAGAGAGUUUUUGUGCUGUCAGUUUUGGGAAUUCAGAGCUCUGGGAAAUCCACCAUGCUGAAUGCCAUGUUUGGGCUCCAGUUUGCAGUCAGUGCAGGCAGAUGCACCAGAGGAGCCUUUAUGCAGCUGGUUAGAGUUUCUGAGGACAUGAAGGAAGAUCUGAAGUUUGACUACAUUUUGGUUGUUGACACUGAAGGUCUCAGAUCUUCAGAGCUGUCUGGAAACAACAUCCAUCAUGAUAAUGAACUUUCCACAUUUGUGGUAGGAUUAGGAAAUAUGACUUUGAUUAACAUCUAUGGAGAGAACCCUACUGAGAUGCAGGAAAUACUUCAGAUAGUUGUUCAUGCAUUCCUGCGGAUGAAGAAGGUCAGUCUGAACCCCAGCUGCAUGUUUGUGCAUCAGAAUGUUUCUGAUAUUGCAGCUAAAGUGAAAAUCAUGGAUGGAAGGAGACAUUUGCAGGAAACACUGGAUAAAAUGACUAAACUAGCAGCUAAAGAUGAAGACUUCUAUGUGGAAAAUUUCACUGAUGUCAUUGCAUUUGAUGUAGAGAAUGAUGUGAUGUAUUUUGCACAGCUCUGGGAGGGUUCUCCACCAAUGGCACCAACAAACCCACGCUAUAGUGACAACAUUCAGGAAUUAAAGAGUGUUAUUCUCUCUCAUGCAGCAAAAACAAAUGGUCUGAAAUUAUCACAGUUUCAAAAGCGUGUGAGAGACCUGUGGAAUGCUCUACUGGAUGAAAAUUUUGUGUUUAGUUUUAAGAAUGCACAAGAGAUAUCAGUGUACAGAAAACUGGAGCAGGAGUAUGGGAAAUGGACCUGGAGUCUGAGGAGUGCCAUGAUGACUGUAGAAGAUAAAAUGCUUAACAGAGUGGCCAGUAGAACUGUACAAACAGUUCAGAGGGAAGAUCUCAAAGAAGAAAUGGCAGGAACCCUAAAGAAUGUCCAAGAGGAAUUUAAUCAUUAUUUUGAAGAACACAAUGAAAAGGAAACGGUGAUUCAGUGGAAAUACAAAUUUGAGACACAAAUCCAGAACCUCCAUGAUGAUCUAAUAGAGGAAGCAAAAAGAAAAGUGGAUGACAGCAUUCAGCAGAAAAGCAUUACACAAAACCUUGAUAAGGAACGUGUGUACUACGAGAAGAGACUCCUUGAAAAGAGCAAAGAACUUGCUUCAAAACUUAAAGAAAAUGUUAAUAGUCAAACAAAUGCAAAAGCAGAAUUUGAUUCAAUGUGGGAAACAUGGGUCUCUGAAUUAUCUGAACAAGCUCCUAAAAUUGAAGAUGUUAACAUCUCAAAGGACAUCACUGAAGUUCUGGGAGAGGCCUACAAAUAUGACUUGGUUGUAAAUCGAAAGAAUUCUUCAGAGUAUAAGCAGAUUACAACUGCCAGUGAUUACAGCAGUUAUGUAAAAAAAAAAAUCAACAAUGUAACUCAUUGGUUGUCUUUUACACCAGAGAUUAAUAAAGAAAUACGUGAUCUAAUUAUUAAGGUCACUGAACAAACUAAAAAAACAGUGGAAUCAUUUCCAUUCUCAAAACAGGGAUACAAUUCAAGUUACCUGCGCACCAUUGCAAAAGAGGUCAAUACACAAGUAAAUUACGUCAACAAAGCAUUUACAAAAGAUUUCUAUGUAGAUCUCUCACUUUAUGUGUGUCACCAGUCAGAAAAACGCAUCUCAGAGCUUCACAGGAAAUUCAAAGAAGCAAAUGAUCCAAAUAUUUAUUUUGAAAAGAAAAGGGCUGAGUACUUUAACAUCUUUCAGAAAUACUGGGAGGGAGCAACAUCAGCAGCUAUACUUGGAGACCAGGUUUGCAGGAAACUGAAAGAAGCGAUUCUGCAGAAUGUCUACAACAUGAUCGCUCCAUUUGUGUGUGGACAGAUGAGAAGGAAACCACCAUUUAAUGGGAACAGAGCUGAUCUGGAAAAACACAUUCUGAAGUCUAUGGCAGAGCAGGAGGGAGAUAAGGAUGAGAAGUUUAAUAACUACUUAACAUACAUGAACCAACCUAGGGCUCACUUUGAAGAUUUCAUCAAGGCCAAGGUUAAAGAGUUCAUGGCAGCUGAAAACCCUGAGGCAGUUUCUGCCAUUAAAGUACACAUUGACCACAAACAGAAAAGAGUCAUAACUGCUGCAAUUAUGGCAACAAAUGAAGUGAAAGAAGUCCAUGGGGAUGCAAAUCAGUGGCUGGAGUUUUUUUCCAGCAGCCUUGCAGAUGAGUUAGGAAAUACCAGAGUUUACUUGUGCGAUGAAGAGUGUAAUGAUUGCAUUGACUAUGAUGUUCUUGGGGAAGCUAUAAGGAAGGAACUCUCAGCUGCUGUUGAAGAGUUAAAGAAAAGCCUCAGUAAGAUUUCAGACUUCUCCAUGGAGAAGUUCAGAGAAAGACCUGAUGAUACUCUAAUCAAACACUUCUGUGGUUGCUGCUGGGAGCAGUGUCCUUUCUGUGGAGCCAUCUGUACCAACAGCCAAAAUGACCAUCCUCUAGAUCACCAUGCUGAUUUCCAUCGCACAUCUGGAAUGAAUGGAAUGUAUUAUAAGAGCACAACAGAAUUCUUCAUCGACUUUUGCACAACAGCUGUGGCAAGUGACAAGUGCUUUUACCCAUCAAGUGAGUCUAGGGCAAGUUUUCCUUUUAAAAAGUACAGGAACGCAGGUGGGAAGUAUGAGAAAUGGAACAUCUCCACUGAUUUGUCUGAGCUGGCUUACUGGAAAUGGUUUGUUUGUGAAUUUCAGGAAAAUCUUGAAAAGCACCAUAACAAAAGGUUUUAUGGUAAAGGGGAGAUUCCUGCUAAGUGGAAAACUUAUAGCCAGUCAGAUGCUGUUGAAAGUUUAGAAAUAUGGUAAUACAUCUUAAUGCAUUCUAGCACUUUUAUGUGCUUUCUGACAACCCAUGACAUAAAACAUCUGUAUCUGAUGGAAGAGCAGCCACAGUCCAUCUUACCCUAAUGAGAAAGCUUAAGCCACAUCCACAUAUGAAAAUACUGCACUCUGCAACACAUUCAUGCUCUUCAGCUUCAAGAUCAAAUUCUAGCGAUAUGUACUAGCAUCACAGUCCCUGCUAAUUCAUUUAACAAGACAACAGUUUUCAGUGACCUUAAUUCACUGCAUAUACUGAGGUGUGUUGAUUUUUUUUUUAAAUGAUUCUCAUAACUAUUGUUUUGUAAAGUGGAUAUAAAAAGUACAUAUGAAAUUAUACCUAUGUUUAUUUUAAUAGACAUAUGUUAUCUAAAAGUCAACAAAGUACUAACACAUUUAUAACUGAUUAGACCGCUAAUGAAUCUGUCUUCAAAACUUUAUUUGCAAUUUCACUGUUUGUCCAGUUUCUUUAGAACUCAAUUAUAAAUCGUGUACAGUAGCACUACUUGUGUUGUUCUCUGCUUGAUAUAUCGCUUUGCUUGUAUUUCCUCACUUGUAAGUUACUUUGGAUAAAACAUUUGCUAAAUGAAUAAAUGUAAAUGUAGAUGGAGGGGCAGAGAAAGUUAUUCUACAUGUUGCUACAUGAAAAGGUUAAAAUCAGUCUCUUUUUUUUUUAUCCGUGAUUUGUUAUUUUACUGUAAAUUUAGUUGUGAACAAUAUAAUCUAUAUUACCUUUUUGAUUGUUUUGGAAAACCUUCUGAGAAAUAAAAACAGUAAUACUUUGCAUUUGACAUGUAAUAC